AUGAAGACGGACUUCAAGUUCUCCAAUCUGUUGGGGACGGUCUACCGUCAGGGCAACCUGCUCUUUACUCCCGAUGGCACCUGCUUGCUUUCGCCGGUAGGCAAUCGAGUCACAGUCUUUGAUCUCGUGCACAACACGUCAUAUACCCUUCCCUUCGCUCAUCGCACGAACAUCGACCGUCUAGAUCUAUCCCCGCGAGGCAAUCUGCUGUUGACCGUGGAUGAAACAGGCCGUGCAAUCCUGACCAAUUUCCACCGGCGCAUCGCUAUUCACCACUUCUCCUUCAAGUCCCGCGUGUCUGCUCUUAAGUUUUCCCCUUCCGGUCGACACUUCGCAGUAGGUGUCGGGAGACGGUUGCAAAUUUGGCAGACUCCCUCCACUCCCGGCACUGAGACGAAUGGUGAAAUCGAGUUCGCUCCCUUCGUUCUGCACCGUGACUCGGCUGCACACUUCGACACCGUUCAGAGCAUUGAAUGGUCCAGUGAUUCUCGGUUCCUGCUCUCGGCAUCCCGUGAUCUUACAGCGCGAGUGUGGAGUUUGGACGCGGAGGAAGGAUUUGAGCCAACCACCUUGGCGGGACAUCGUCAAGGAGUGGUUGCCGCGUAUUUCAAUGCAGAGCAAGAAUCGAUCUACACCGUCAGUCAAGAUGGUGCGCUAUUCCGUUGGGAGUACGUGACAAAAAAGGAUCCCGAGACGGACGAGGAUAUCGCAGACGCUCGGUGGAGGAUUGUCAAGAAGGACUUGUUCAUGCAGAACGACGCCAAGGUCAACUGUGCGGCGUUCCAUGCGCAGUCUAACCUGCUCGUGGUGGGCUUCUCGAACGGCCUCUUUGGACUUUACGAUUUGCCCGAGUUCAACAUGAUCCAUCUUCUCAGUGUCUCCCAGAGCAAUAUCGAUGUGGUGACGGUCAACAAAUCCGGCGAAUGGCUUGCGUUUGGCUCGUCUAAGCACGGCCAGCUUCUGGUAUGGGAGUGGCAAUCGGAGUCAUACAUUUUGAAGCAGCAGGGCCAUCUUGAUUCCUUGAACUCCCUGGUUUAUUCACCGGACGGGCAGAAGAUCGUUACGACCGCCGAUGAUGGCAAGGUUAAGGUUUGGGAUGUCAAGUCGGGGUUCUGUAUUGUGACCUUUACGGAACACACCAGUGGAGUCACCGCAUGUGAAUUCGCAAAGAAGGGAAGCGUUCUUUUUACCGCUUCUCUGGAUGGGUCAGUGCGAGCAUGGGAUCUGAUCCGGUACCGCAACUUCCGUACAUUCACGGCCCCUUCGCGGCUGUCCUUCUCUUCUCUCGCGGUGGACCCAAGCGGUGAAGUGGUCUGCGCCGGCUCGCCGGACUCUUUUGAUAUCCACGUUUGGUCCGUACAGACCGGCCAAUUGUUGGACCAACUUACUGGUCACGAGGGUCCUGUUUCGAGUCUGGCUUUUGCGGGCGAUGGUAACCACCUAGUCAGUGGCAGCUGGGAUCGCACUGUCCGCAUUUGGAGCAUUUUUGGCCGCUCCCAAACCAGUGAGCCCUCCCAGCUCCUCUCGGAUGUUUUGAGUGUGGCUUUCCGACCAGAUGGCAAACAGGUCGCUGCGUCCACACUCGAUGGCCAGCUCUCGUUCUGGAAUGUCGCCGAUGCCAUCCAAGAAGGUAAUGUGGAUGGGCGCCGUGAUGUCUCCGGAGGCCGAAAAGUGUCCGAUCGGACAACCGCCGCGAACGCUGCCGGAACCAAGUCAUUCAAUCGCAUCACCUACAGUGCUGAUGGCAGCUGUAUUCUCGCGGCCGGAAACAGCAAGUACAUUUGCUUGUAUGAUGUGACCACCGGAUCUAUGAUCAAAAAGUUCACGGUCUCGGUGAACCUUUCAUUGGAUGGUACACAAGAGUUCCUCAACAGUCGCAAUCUGACCGAGGCCGGACCUCGUGCCCUUAUCGACGAGACUGGCGAGGCCUCUGACAAGGAGGAUCGUAUUGACCGUACCCUGCCUGGCGCAAAGCGUGGCGAUGCGGGAGCCCGCACCACCCGCCCUGAGGUGCGGGUGACUUGUGUGGAUUUUGCUCCUACAGGCCGUGCAUUCUGUGCUGCGUCAACUGAAGGUCUUCUGAUCUAUAGUCUGGACACAGACUUUGUCUUCGAUCCAAUCGACCUUGAUAUCACGAUUACCCCGUCGACGAUCCUCGCUACACUGGACGCUGCCAAGGCUUCUGCCGAAUCCAACACCGUCGACGAUGAUAACACUUUUCUUAAGGCCCUUAUCAUGGCCUUCCGCUUGAACGAGUCUAAGUUCAUUCGUGCCGUCUACGAAGCGAUCCCCCCAUCGGACAUCCCCCAUGUGGUUCGUUCGGUGCCGACUGUCUAUCUGCCUCGCCUUCUCCGCUUCGUUGCGCUCGCCGCCGAGGAGACCCCUCACCUCGAAUUCAAUUUGUUGUGGUUUGAAUCCCUGUUCAGCUGCCAUGGCCGGUAUUUCAAAGAUAACUCGGGAACAUUCGCUCCGGAGCUUCGUGCUGUCCAGCGUGCCAUUGACGACAUCCGGGAAAAUCUCAAACGGCUGACGGAGAAGAAUCUUUACGAUCUCAACUAUCUCCUGUCCAAGCCCAUCCUUGCGGACAAGAAACCGACCAGUGUCCUAUUGCCUAUUGCUGCCGAUGAUGUCGAGGGAGGUGAUGAUGAAAUGGCUGAUGCCGACGACUCAGAGGGCGAGGGCGAGGGCGAGUGGAUUGGCCUUGAAUGA